AUGAAUCUAUCCUUGAGCCAGUGCAGAGGGCAGUGUUAUGACGGGGCCAGAAACAUGACCGGAGCGAGGCGUGGUGUGCCGACCAACAUCUUAGCCAAGGAGGAGCGAGCUGUGUUCACGCAUUGCUACGGACAUGCGCUCAAUCUGGCUGUUGGGGACUGUGUACGUCAGUGCAAGCUCUUGCGCGAUACCAUGGAUACGGUGCAUGAAGUCUCCAAACUGAUUAUAUAUUCACCAAAGAGGGACAGUACCUUUCAGACCCUGAAGGAGGAGAUGAGCCCCGAUACCCCUGGGUUCCGUAUACUGUACCCCACGAGAUGGACAGUGCGUGCAGCAAGCCUGCGAAGUGUCUUAGACAACUACACUUUGUCACAGACCUUGUGGGACACCUGCUACGAGCAGACCAACGACUCGGGGAUCCGUUCCAGGAUAGUAGGCGUGCGGUCCCAGAUGGAGAGCUUCGACCUCUUCUUUGGUGUCCACCUGGAUAACAUUAUCCUGCGACAUACAGACAACUUAAGCCGCACCCUACAACAGAAGGACAUGCCCGCAUCAGAGGGUCAAGCAGUUGUUUCAAUGACGGUGGAAACAUUGACCAGAAAGCGCUCCGACGAUGCCUUCGACAAGUUUUGGGUUGACGUCAACAGUAAGCUCGAUGACGUCGACGUAGGAGAGCCAGUGGUUCCCAGGCGACGCAAGGUGCCGAAACGCUAUGACGUUGAGACCGGGUCCCACGAGUAUCCAGCCACAGUACGUGAUCGGUACCGCCAGGUCUACUUUGAAGCAUUCGAUCGCGUGUAUCAAGGACAGUUUCGCUCAGCCAGGCUUCAAGACCUACAGAUCCCUCCAAGAACUUCUGGUGUGCUGCGCCCGUGGUGGUGA